UUUAAGUGUGUGGAAUUGUUGCAGAGAUCAUUCUGCCGAAGCAGUCUUGMGGUACGACAGAGGCUAGGCUGGAUUCUUAACGAGAUCAACAAUGAAUUUGAAGUUCUUGGUAAUUUCGCUUGCUAUUAUUGCCCUUCUUGUCCCUGAGAGCGAUGCAUUUUGGAGUCGCCGCCGCCGUCGCCGCCGUCGUCGUCGUCCCAAACCACCUCCAGGUCCUUCCCAGCACUGCCGUAACCAAGUGAAUCUGUAUUCGGUAAUCCGAGGCAACAAUCUUCACCAGUUGGCCAGAGUUUGGGCACCUGCCGUGAAGCUCGCACAGGGCGAGACGUGGAAGCCAUCAAGUGUGGACUUCUUCCUAAGACACGUAAAUGUAGUAGGAGGACCRAAUCCCCAACCUUUAAGACCAAACAACUUGCCGACCUGCAAUCGUAACUGCUACCUGAAGUCAAAGGGCCGUUUAAACUGUGCRUCGUGUACCAACCUGCCUUUCCUGCAUGGUGAGCACCCGUCCAAGGUACCUGUUUACACUACCAUUGUAAAAAAAGGAAGCGAGAUACAGUUCGUCUACCGAUUUUUCUUCCCCUACAACCGUGGGAAGAGAGUCUGCGUGGGCUUGCAUGGUGGAGGAAGAUGUCCAUGUCCAAAAACUCCAUGGGGUUGCCCCUGCCCUCGAAUUUACUGUGUUGGCGGAUAUUCCACGUUUGGCCARCAUGUAGGCGAUUGGGAGCACAUGAAAAUAGUCUUCAGAAACAACCGUCUUCAUUCAAUGUUCCUCUCCACCCAUAAUUCUGCUAUAACCAACAAACAUGCUGGGACAUUCCUAUGGAACGGUCUUACCUUCCAGAAAGGCCAUAAAAAGCUCAAACUCGAGGGCUGUACUCACGGUGUCGCCUACGCGGCGCUUGGUUCUCAUGGGUUUUGGCCUAAUGUCGGUAACCAUGURUACAAGAAUUUGCCAAACGGUGAGAAACUGGUUGACAAGUGUAGCCACGGUGAGGCCUGGAACACGUGGAACACCCUUAAGAUCGUYGACCAAAAACCAAGAGGCCAGUACACAGGAGAUUUCAAGUUCCUGAACUUCAAUGGACGUUGGGGUAACAGGGAACGUGGAUGUGGUCUUGCCAAGAAGGUUUUGAAUGUUUGCAUUCUAGAACAUGGACCGCARCGCUCUUAGAGAAGAUCAUGGCUAUACGAACACCCAUUCAGAUGGCGAAUAGUUAAAAUAAUAAUAAAAAAUACACAUAAGCUGAUCGAUUAACUAUUUCACAGUGAAUUAAGCAUUAAUAUUGUCUGACUUUUAUUGGAUGAGUAAUUGGCCGAUUAUGAUAUUUACUUUUAAGGUUGUUUUCGCUUAUAAUUGUUUCUACAAUAGUUGCAACAAUAUGUAUUUAAUUGCUAUGUUAUACGCUUUUAUUAAAAUCAAACCUACUAUCAUCAUA